UUUCUCUAGGUAUCAUUUUGUGCGAAAUUAUACAUUUGUACAAAUAUAUUAUUCGGUUUCUGUAUCUCUUACUUUUAUACUAACAAUCAUUGAAAUUUUUUUAUUAUUUUUGUUAUUUUUUUCGUUAUUUAAUGCGCAUCGUUUAAAUGCCAUAGAUGGUUGUCCGCAACACUUUUCCAGCCAAUGUGGGCUCGACGAAUGUUUCCAUGUUGGAGCUCGUCGAAGACCACCUUCGAUAUUUCCAUAUAUCAUUCUGAAAAUUAUAAGGUUUUGUCAAACAUGCCGAUACGAGCAAUAUCCAUUCCCAUGCUAAGGAUUGACCAGGAUUUGGGUGACGAUAACAUGCAAUGGACAUAUUUCAAUAGCUCUCCUGCAAUGUCCCCCUUUCUUGUAUCAAUUGUUGUAACUAAUUUUGUUCGCAAUUUCAUUCAUGAAGAUGAUAUUGCUAGCAUAUGGUGCGACAAACGAUCAAUAAGUUCCUUGCAAUUUGCACUGGCAAUUACUAAAAAUAUUACGUUAUACUUGAAAAAAGAAUGGAAGCGUUUGCAACAGUUUCCAAAAGUAAAUUAUAUUGUAAUUCCAGAGUUUCAAGAGCGAAACGAUAGCAUGGUGAACUUGGGAAUUAUCCUUUAUAAUGAAGCAGAUGUUGUCUAUAAUGAGGAAACAGACUCUAUUGGGUGCAAAUAUAACGUGAUGCACGUAAUAGCAUAUGAAAUAAUACGAGAAUGGUUUGAGAGUGUAGUCAACCCAUUUUGGUGGCCUAACUCAUGGUUGAGUAAAGGUUUUACUACGUUCUUUACAAUGCAUACCCUCAAUCAG